CACUUCCUACAUUUCAUAAGAGGCUCUGUACAGAGCUGAGGCUGGGCGUGCUUGUCGUGACUUUCCUGUAGCCCUCUAGGAAGUGACAUGCUCUGUGCUGAGUAAAUAUGUGUUAGUGAGCGAGGAGGAGCUGGACUUGUCACAAGUUACUUGCUGUAGACAUGAUCGGGGGUCGCACAUACUAAAUCCCCCAGCUUUAUGGGGCUGACUUCCGUAAACUUUACUUGGAGAAACUAUCGAAGUUCUGGGACGCGUCGUCGAGAGCUUUCGUAAGUAAAUUGGCAUGUUAACUGCCCUCUGUGUUUGUGAAGAUGGAUCUUAACCAGCUGCUUUAUUAUAUUGACAACAAUCUUGGUCAAGAAGACUUUGAAUCUUUAAAAUUUCUCUGUGUGGGUAUAAUUCCAAAUAAAAAACUGGAGAAAAUGAGAUCAAGCCUAGACAUCUUUGAAGAGCUUCAGAAAUCUGGUGAAAUAAGUGAAGAGGAUAUGUUCAUUCUGCCAGAAUUACUCUACCUAAUAGGACAGCACAGCCUUUUAAAGAAGCUAAACACCAACAAGAGUGCUAUGAACAAUGCCUUAAUAGAGGAACGAUACAUAUCAAUGUAUAGACGAAUGCUCUUUGAGCUUUCAGAAAGCAUCACCAAAGAAGACCUAAGGAGUAUAAUAUUUCUUCUGGACAUUCCAAGCAAAUUCAAGGAAAACAAGAAUUUUUUGGAUAUUUUAUGUUACCUGGAUAAGACUGAAGUAAUAUCAGAGGAUAAUUUAGAAGUUCUGGAGAAGGUGUUCCGCAAUGUUUCACAGGAGCUUCUAAAAAGAAUAAACCAGUAUAAGGAAUCCAGAGAAUCGCCGAAUAGGAUUCUUCCAUCUGCACCCACAGAAAAUACCUCGUUGUCAGAGACACCGUUUUCUAUUCAGGAUGUUUCUUCCAUACACAUGGAAUCUCAAAAUGACGACCUGGAUAGCACUAUAGAACAUUUUGAGGAAGUACAAGAAUUUCCCAGUGAAAAAGAUGUUGAAACUGAAAAUGACAUUGCUGCUCUAAGUCUUCAAGGCCAAACAAAAUCUGAGGUAUAUCCAAUGAAUCAGAAAUGCAGAGGCUAUUGUGUGAUAAUAAAUAAUUCAGACUUCCUUAAGAGUGACCCAAGGAUAGGAACUGAAAAAGAUGCUGAGUAUUUGAAUCGUGUAUUCUCCUGGCUUGGAUUUGAGGUGGAGGUGCACAAUAAUCAAAAAGCGCAAGAUAUCGUUAAAAUCAUGAACAACGUUCAGAUUAAGGACCACACUCACCGAGAUUGCUUUGUUUGCUGUAUCUUGACCCAUGGGCAAUCACAAGCCAUCCUUGGCACUGACAAUGAAGUUGUAAAAAUAAACGUCAUAGUAUCUAAAUUUUCCCCCCAAAACUGUAAAACCUUAGCUGAAAAACCAAAGUUAUUUUUCAUACAAGCGUGCCAAGGCAAAAAUACACAAGGUGCACAUUUAAUUGAAGAAGAUGCUGUUUCAUCCAUUAAAACCAUCCCGAAUGAUGCAGAUGUCUUGAUUGGAAUGUCAACUGUUGACGGCUGCUUUUCAUACCGUCACAUUGAAACGGGGACAUGGUACAUCCAAGCCUUGUGUUCAAACCUGAUCAAAAUGGUUCCAAAAGGUGAAGAUAUUUUGUCCAUUCUGACAAAAGUGAACAAGGAUGUAAGUGAGAAGCAGCAUUCAAAGAGUGGAACCAUUUUGAAACAAAUGCCUCAACCAGCUUACACUCUUCGCAUGAAGCUAGUAUUCCCUAUACCAACCUCUGACUUUAAAGAGUAUUCUAGUGCUGCAGAAUGAUUAUAUGCUGCAAAGUAGGUUGAUGGGGAAGAUCGUUUUUGCCCUUGUUUCUUUGUGCCUGUGAUUGUAUUUUGGAAGGGUGUCAAACUCCAACUCCCAUACUGAUUAAGUCCCACCUUACCAUAUUAGUUGAUGAACACUACCAUACCAUUAACCACUUAAGACCCGGACCAUUAUGCAGGUUAAGGACCUUGCCCCUUUUUGCGAUUCGGCACUGCGUCG